AUGGGUUUCUUUGGCAAGAAGGACCCGUCAGAGGACGAAAUUCAACGAGCACCGUCGGAUCAGGAUGUCGAGAAGACCGUGCCUGCUCAUCAGGAGAGCGGGCAUGUCCAGCCUGCCACCAUGACAAUGGCACCCAUUGACCCAGAAUUGGAGCGGCGUGUGCUGAGGAAGCUGGAUUUGCGAGUGCCCACAUUGAUGGCAUUUUUCUAUCUACUUGCUUUUCUCGACCGAAGUAACAUUGGUAAUGCCAAAAUUGCCGGCAUGACAGAAGACCUUAAUUUGACAGGCAAUCGGUACUCGUGGCUACUGACGAUUUUCUACAUCUCGUAUACGGUGUUCGAGUUCCAGGCGUUGAUGUGGAAGAUCGUCAAGCCGCACCAAUGGGCUGCCUUCGUUGUUUUCUCCUGGGGUUUGGUCGCAACGUGCCAAGCAGCUGUUAAGAAUUGGCAGGGCAUGAUGGCCUUGCGGUUCUUGAUGGGUGCUUUUGAAGCUGGGUUUGGACCCGGUGUACCCUAUCUACUGUCCUUCUUCUAUCGCCGCCACGAGCUGGGUCUCCGCUGCGGUCUUUUCUUGUCGGCUGCUCCAUUGGCUAAUACCUUUGCGGGCGCUCUGGCGUAUGGUAUCACCUCUGGCCAUGCAGCCAUUGCAAACUGGCGACUACUCUUCCUCGUCGAAGGUCUGCCUGUCUGCUUUGCCGCGAUCCUGGCCUGGUUCUUUGUCCCGGACAAGCCCUCAUCGGCGAAGUUCUUGACCGAGGAAGAGAAAGAUGUAGCCCGGCGUCGCGCCCUGCAACAGUCUGGUGAAGCGGAGCGGGAGGGCAAGAUUCAAUGGAAGGAGCUGUUCGAGACACUCCUGGACGCAAAGGCCUGGUUCACUGCGUUGAUGUACUUUAGCUGCAAUGUUAGCUUCUCCUCCCUGCCGGUAUUUUUGCCGACUAUCCUCAAGGAGAUGGGUUUCACAUCCAUCAACGCGCAGGGCCUCACCGCACCCCCCUUCUUUGCCUCCUUCCUCUGCACUAUUGCAACCACCUGGGUGGCAGAUCGAAUCCAGCAGCGUGGAUUGAUGAUCGCAGGUUUAUCAGCGAUCGGCGGUGUGGGGUAUAUUCUCUGUGCCACCUGCAAGUCUGUGGGCGUACGAUACUUUGGCGUGUUUUUGGCCGCCUGUGGAGUCUUCCCCUCGAUCGCCAAUAUCCUGCCAUGGGUUCUGAAUAACCAAGGCUCCGAUACCCGCCGUGGUGGAGGUAUCAUCCUGCUGAACAUUAUUGGUCAGUGUGGUCCCUUCUUGGGAACAAACGUGUUCCCCGAUUCGCAAGCCCCACGAUACAUUAAGGGUAUGUCGAUCUGUGCGGCUUUCAUGUUCUUCACCACCCUGCUUGCAUUGUGCCUUCGAUUCUUGUUGGCCUGGGAAAACCGCCAGCUUGAUAAAAAGUAUGGUCCCAUGGCCGAGGCCGAUCCGACCAAAGGUGGCGAGGUUGCAGCUGAGGACAACUAUGGCGCAAGCUUUAGAUACGUGCUCUAG